UGAUCCAGGCUCUGGCAAGCACAUUCUCAAGGUUGCACUUGAUAAACAUUUGACAACUGAUACAUGUGUUUUGUCCAGUGCAGCAUUUUCAUUUCUCAACUGUCCAACCAUGAUUUUCAACUUUCUACGAUUCAACAUUCUCUUCUUUUUUGUACUGAGAACCUCGACAACAUUCGUACAUUCAUUUUCAAACAAUGUCACUGAUCAACAGGCUUUGCUUUCUUUCAAGUACUCAAUAACAGAAGACCCCUCGGGUGUGCUGGACUCGUGGAACAAUUCCAUCCACUUCUGUCGUUGGACAGGCGUAAAAUGCAGCAGCAGAAGACAGAGGGUAACAAUACUCAACCUCCCCUCACUCAACUUGGCGGGUACAUUGUCUCCUUAUAUUGGAAACCUGACGUUUCUAAGGAUAUUUUACCUCUAUGAAAACCGCUUACAUGGCUUGCUUCCCAGUGAAAUUGGACGACUGUCUCGCCUACAAGAUCUUUCUCUGGGAAACAACUCUUUUCAAGGUGAAUUUCCUGCCAAUCUACAUCGUUGCAGAGAUAUCAUAUACAUUGAUUUAGAAGCCAACGAUCUUCAAGGGAAAGUGCCUACUAAUUUUUCAUCUUGGCCUAAGCUUGAAAUGUUUGCUGUGGCACGCAAUCAUAUUGAUGGAUCUAUUCCACCUUCCAUAGGGAAUAUAUCAUAUCUUCGUAUUCUUUAUCUGGACUAUAAUAAUCUAGUUGGGGGAAUACCUUUGGAAGUGACUAAUCUUGCAAAAUUAGAGGAUCUUGAUUUGUCACAUAAUCAUUUGACAGGUUUGGUUCCUCUGCCACUAUACAACAUUUCAUCCCUCCAUAGUCUUGCUCUACACAGUAAUGGUUUACAAGGAGCGAUUCCAUCAGAUUUAGGCCUCACCCUUCCGGAGCUGCAAGAGUUCCACGCUUCAAGUAACCGUUUUACAGGUCCACUUCCGCCAUCAAUAGUCAAUGCAUCUAAUCUCGUCGUUUUUGAUAUAUUGAUAAACAAUAUUACUGGGCCUAUACCGGACAAUUUGGAUAGCCUUCCCAAUAUUCAGAUUCUAGGUCUGGGUGAGAAUCCACUUGGAGAUAAUAUGCAGCCUGAUGACUGGAAAUUUUUCAAUUCCUUGGUUAAUUGUACUCAUCUAAGGACAUUGGGCUUACAGAAGAGUAGUUUGAGAGGGAAGCUCCCUGAUUCCAUCGCGAAUCUCUCCAUCACUAUCGAGCACCUGUAUAUGCAACAGAAUCACAUAUACGGAAGCAUACCUCGUGGAAUUGAAAAACUUGUCAACCUGAUGCAUCUUAAUCUGGGAGACAACUUCUUGACGGGAAGCAUUCCACAAUCAAUUGGAAUGUUAUCAAAGUUAGGCGGGCUAGCUUUUGAUGGAAACAACAUUGCAGGAGCAAUUCCAACUUCCAUUAGUAACAUUACUCAAUUAUUUCUUCUCUUUUUGGAUAAUAAUGAGCUCCAAGGAAGCAUACCUACUCAAUUGUUUCACAUAUCAACUUUAGAGGAAGUGCUCCUCUCUAACAACCAGCUUAGAGGUGCAAUACCGGAUGAAAUUGGGUUUUUGUCCCAUUGUAUUUACCUUAAUUUUUCUCAGAAUUUGUUCAAGGGUCCACUUCCAUCCAAUAUUGGAAGCUUGAAACAUUUGGCGGAACUAGAUCUUUCAUACAACCAACUAACCGGAGAUAUACCCGCUACUCUUGAUGGAUGUGUGAUGUUGGAGGAACUAUACAUGGAAGGAAACCUUUUUCAAGGUAAAAUUCCAUCCUCUUUCAGAACUUUGAAAAAUCUUGCAUUUCUUGAUCUUUCGGACAAUAACAUCUCGGGUAGUAUUCCAAGCUUUUUUGAGGGGUUUCGUCAAAUCAUAUUUCUCAACUUGUCACACAACAAGCUUGAAGGUGAAGUGCCUAAAGAUGGUCUGUUUUCAAAUGUUAGUACCUUUUCAGUUGUUGGAAAUUCGGAGCUUUGUGGGGGUAUUCAAGCACUGCAUUUGCAUGCUUGUCCUGAAAAAGUCCUGAGGAAUAAGAAAAAAGCAUCUGCCUUGAGAAUAAUACUAAUUGGAGUGCUUGUACCUUGUGGCGUGUUGUUUGCAUAUCUUGCCUUGAUUUCUUAUUGGCGUCGAAACUCCAAGAAGUUGAAUGACCCCAUACUAGUAUUGGAGGAUGAUCGAUAUCCCAGACUUUCAUACCAAGACCUUCUACUAGCUACAAAUGAGUUCUCUCGGAACAAUUUGAUCGGUGAAGGAAGAUAUGGUUCUGUUUAUAAAGGAAAUCUUGAAUCAGUUGAACAUAUGAUUGCUGUAAAGGUACUAAAUGUUGAAGUACAUGGAGCGAAGAAGAGUUUUUUGGCGGAGUGUGAAACAUUGAGGAACAUUCGUCAUCGGAAUCUUAUCAAAAUCGUCACAAUGUGCUCUAGCACUGAUUUUAUGGGCAAUGACUUCAGGGCAUUGGUUUUCGAGUUCAUGCCUAAUGGGAGUCUAGAUAGCUGGUUGCAUCCAAGUCCUUCCUAUCAAGGGUAUGAAAGAAACUUGUCUCUACUCCAAAGAUUAAAUAUUUCUAUAGAUGUUGCACUAGGAUUGGAUUACCUACAUCAUCACACCCAUGCAAGUAUCAUUCAUUGCGACCUAAAGCCAAGUAAUAUUCUUAUUGAUGAAAAUUUUGUGGCUCGUAUUGGUGAUUUUGGUUUGGCGAGGUUCGACUUUGCUGUUAUUACAAGUGACAUCAAUCAAACACAAAUGAGUUCAACCGGUGUUCGUGGAACGGUGGGAUAUGUUCCUCCAGAGUAUGGAAUGUAUGGGGAGAUAUCAGCAGAGGGAGAUGUCUAUAGCUUUGGAAUUCUCCUUCUAGAAAUAUUUUCGGGGAAGCGGCCUACAGAAAGUAGCAUAUUCAUGAAUAACGACAAUAAUCUUCAUGACUUUGUAAAGAAGGCUCUCCCACGAAGAGUGAUGGAUAUUGUUGAUCCAAGGAUCGUACAGGAUCAAGAAGAACAUGGCAUGACUAUAAAUCCAUCAUACCGCAGGGCUAUUAUAGAGGGAUGCCUGACAUCAAUAUUUGAAGUGGGGAUAUUAUGUUCACAAGUGACGCCAAGGAAACGCAUUGACAUCAGUGUUGCUAUUAAGCAUUUACAUGUAGUCAGAGACAAAAUCCUCCAGCACAGCCAGUAACUUGGAUUCUCUGGUAAAUUUGUCGUGCUUAAUUUGGAUAGGUGAUGCACCACCACAGUAAUUGAUCCUUUUUCCGCUCAGCCUGUCAGCUGUUUAUACACACACUGACGAGGUCGGAUUCCACGUCAGAAUCAUGAUCGGGCAUAAUUGACUUCAACUGCAGCUUAUUUCAUUAUUUGUCGCUAAUAUUCACUAUUUAGUAACUAGAGGCUGAAAAGUAAUUGAGAAGUGGCCGUGUCAGGUUUUAAUUUAUCAUUCAAUAUCUUAAUUUAUGAAUCUAUGCUCUGCUC